AUGGCGACGAUGGCUCUUUCUUCGCUUCUUUCCACAGCUGCCCAGUCCUGGGGGAGCUUGAGUGUCCUCCCCCUGCCCCACCCCUUCCCCCUCCUCCCGCCCAGCGGGGCUUCUAACUGACAGUUGUCGCCGGGCCCCGUCUGCGCGCCGCCUCCUCCUGCCCGGGUCCCCCCGCAGGUAGAGAGGGCGGGAGGGGGGUGUGAGGGAGAGGAGGAGUCCGAGCCGCCGAGGCCCAGCGCUGCGGCCCCCUCCGGAGAAGCUAGAGAAGCCCCCCCCCCAACUUCCUCCUCGCCCCCUCCCAGCCCCCAAGCCGGCCCGGGAGGGGGUGGGGCGCCGAGGCCGCAGCGGCCCUGCCGGGCCUGGCUGGUGAAGAGCGGGCGGGCGGGGCACAGAGGGGUGAGGCAGGCGAGGGCCGCGCGCGCGUCGCCGCCGGGGGGAGGGGAGAGGAGGGCACCUAGGCUCUCCUCUUCUCUCCCCCCUCCCCCGCGCGCCAUGUAACCCCGCCCCGCCGGCGGCGAGCUCGAGACCCCCGCGCGCACCGAACGCAGCCGGCGGCUGAGGAGAGCGAGGCCCGAUGCGGCGGGGGCUGCGCGGUGCUCCCGAGCUCUGAGAAAGCGGCCCACGCUCACGCGUCCCUCGGCGCCUCGAGCGGCCGCUCCGCACCGCCCCACCUGGGCCUGCCAGGAGCAUGAGAGUACCCGAGACGCCGGGGGGGAUGGAGCCGGCCGGGGAGGAGGAGCGGCCGCCACUGGUGGCCGAGGAAGAGGACGACGCGGAGGAGGUGGCAGCGGUGGCCCCAGCUUCAGGGCCGGCCCGAGGGAGGAGUGCCUCCUCGCGGGAGGACGCAGACGACCAGGAGGAGGGGGAGGAGGAGGCGGUGGUGGUCGGGGGCGGUGGCUGCAAGGAGCAGGAGCUGACCUACGAGCUGCAGCAGGGCUACCGCAUCCUGGUUGAGUUCCUGCAGGAGAAGCACAGGGGCCUCACCGCCCCCUUCCUGCAGCCCCUGGGGGGCGUUGCCACCGGGGAGGAGGAGGAGGCGGCGGCCGCGGCUUCCGAGGGGCCGCGCAGCGGAGGCCGGGGCAGUCGCGCCCUCCUGCAGCAGCCCGGGCAGGGCACAUGUCUGCUGAAAAUGGAGGAGAAGUUCAUCAGCGGCCAGUAUAGGGGCAUCACCGAGUUCGUGGCGGACUUCAGGUUGAUGCUGGAGACGUGCUACCGCUUGCAUGGAGUGGACCAUUGGAUCUCCAGACAGGGCCAGAGGUUGGAGAUGAUGCUGGAGCAGAAGUUGGCGCUUCUCUCUCGGCACUUGAGAGAAAAGACAACGAUAGCAGUUACAUCUAGAGGCUAUUAUGGAUUGGAGGAUGAGAAGGGAACUGCAUGUACUUCAACAAGGCGUCGGUCAACACCUCGGAGUUUGGCAGGCUUGACAAGUGGAGUUUUUGAAUCUAUAAUGGUUCAAGUUUUGAGACAGGAAGAACAGCUGAGAGCAAAAGAAGAAAAAAGGCUUCGGGAACAGGAAAGAAAAGAAGCAGAAGAAGCUAGUCAGAAGGAAAUAGAAGAAUGGGAGAGAAAACUUCUAGCUCAAGCAGGUCCAACUUGUAUGGAGACCAUGUGGGAAAUUCCGGCUAUUGGGCAUUUCCUUUGUUUAGCCCAGCAAAUUCUAAAUUUGCCAGAAAUUGUCUUUUAUGAAUUGGAACGUUGUCUUCUGAUGCCUCAGUGUAACGCUUUUCUAUCUAAAAUAAUGACUUCUCUGUUAAGUCCUCCCCAUCGCAGACCUACAUUACAUCGAAGACCUACUUUGCCUUAUAGGACGUGGGAAGCGGCCCUGAGACAGAAAGUACAGCAGUGGUACACUGCUGUAGGGCAGACUGAAAAUCCUGAUAACUGUGCUGAAAAACUGGGAUUGUGUCCUCAGUUUUUUAGAGUUCUUGGAGAAGUUAAUCCAUUGGAAGAAAAACCCUUUCAUGAACUACCUUUCUGUCAAAAAGUGUGGUUACUUAAGGGUCUUUGUGACUUUGUGUAUGAAACACAAAAAGAGGUUCAAGAUGCUGUACUUGGACAGCCUAUUCAUGAAUGCAGGGAAGUUAUCCUUGGUUAUGAUUAUUUGGAGAAUGCUUAUGUACAUUUUCCACAGUUCUGUGGUGCAGAUGUAAGGAUUUAUAAACAGAGACCUUUUCAGGCCCCAGAAUUUCCAGUUCCACCCAUUAAAAUAAAAAGAGUACCUCGGAUUAAACUGGAGAAAUUGAAGUGUGACUAUAUUACUACAAGUAAUGGAGAACAUAGGUGUAGUAGAGAAGGCCUGUCCUCUGCCUUCAAGAAAGAAAAGGAAAUUAACUUUGAUCCAGCUUACUGCCCUACUAAAAUGAACUUGGAUAGUCAUGACAUUGCUUUUGAAAUGGAAAUGAAAUCCAACUGUGAAAUUAGAAUUCGCAGGCCCUGCGAAAUUAAAAAAGUUGAUUGUUGUAAAGAAAAUUUACAGAAACCAGUGAGUCCAGGGGCGGUCACUGGCUUUGGGGAGCCUCUCAGUCCAGGUGAAAUAAGGUUUAUAGAAAAUCAGGAAAAAUAUGGUGAAGCUUCCAGAGUAAAGCCUGAACCUAGUCCAUUAAAAGAAAAUGCUCUAAAAUCUUGCCAAAUACAUGUAAAUGGAAGUCACAAUGAUCAUCCAGAAAUUAACUGCCACAGAGUUGUAAGGGACAUUCUAUUAGAGCAGUCACUGCAGAGCCACAAGAAACUCAAACUAACUAAAAUGAGGGCAAAAAAGAAGAAAAAGAAAAAAAAGAAGUUAAAAGAUGUUUUGAAUGAAAACUUACAGAGAAAACGUGAAUGUCUUCAUUCGCUUGCAUUCAAGUCUUACAAACCCGAGAUCCAGAAUAAGUUAUUGAUCAUCAAAAAGAAGGCAAAACACAAGAAGCACAAAUCUGGAAAAAAAUCCAUAUCUAAAAAAGCAAUCACAAAGAAGAAGAAAACUGUCACAAAGUCACCUACUGUACCAGAAUUUCAGCUUAUUUGCACUAAUCUUGAUGAACUCAGGGAAUUAAUCACAAAAAUCGAGAAUGAACUCAAAGAUCUGGAAAACAGUAGAAAAAAAUCGGGGAAAUGGUACCUUCGGAGGCAAGCUGUAAAAGAAUUGCAUAGUACAUUGAUACGUCUUUUAAAUGAAUUGCUGCCAUGGGAACCAAAGUUAAUGAAAGCUUUUCAAAGAAACAGAAGCCGCCUAAAGAAAGACUAUGAUGAUUUCAGAAGACAGCCUGAUCAGGAUAAAUUUACUAGAGAACUAUGGCCUCCUGAAGAAGGUGAAGGAGAUCCUGAAAAAGAAUCACCUAAAGUUGAAAUCAGUAAGCCCAUAGACUUGACAGAUAUCCUGGAGAAAGAUCACUUUGAUUCAGAUGAUAUGAAAUCAGAAAUAGAUUUUCCUAUGGCCAGAAGCAAGUUGUUGAAAAAGGAAUUGCCUUCUAAAGAUGUACCGAAGACACUGCCUAAAACACAUAAACGACAGUCCAAACAAACUAGUUAUCUGGAUGAUAGCACAAAAGAGCUUUCACCAAGGAAGAAAGCAAAGUUAAGCACAAAUGAGACAACAGUUGAGAAUGUAGAAGGUGAUAUGCAGAUUGACUGUGUGAAUGAAUCAAAGCAUACAGAGACACUGUUUCCAGAGUCAUUUGCCUCAGUGGAUUCAAUGUCAGUGACUACUGUUCAGAAAGGGACCAAACCUAUUCAGGCAUUGCUUGCAAAGAAUAUUGGGAACAAAGUGACCUUAACAAAUCAACUGCCCCCUUCCGCAGGUAGAAGUGUUCCUGCUGUGGAAAAGCCAGUUGCACCUCCUCCAGAAGCAAGCCCCAUAAAGCCAGCAUUGACCUGCCACACAAGUACAAAAGGUCCCUUACAAAUGGUAUACAGAAUGCCCUGUGGCCAGUGGUUGCCCAUAGAUCUUCAUAACAGUUCUGUAAAGAUUCAGAUGCAACCUAUGUUGGAUCCUAAAACAGGAGAAAAAAUCAUGCAGCAGGUUCUCAUUCUGCCUAAGAAUUUUGUGAUUCAGCACAAGGAAGGGAAAGCAGUUGCAAAAGAAAUACCACCACUUCAACAAAAAGGUACAGAACAACAUUGUUCAUCUUUCUCACAAACAGCAAAUGUAAACUCUUCUAUAGCAUCAGUUCUUGUCAACUCAACAGGAACUGGUUCUACCCAACUACCUAAUACUGUUUGCAACAAGAUGGUCACACCUUUGUCAAAUGUGAGUGAUGCUAGAUCACAGCCUUUGUCUCCUGUAACCUCCGUAAGUAAUCUGUUAAUACCACCAGUUAAGACUAGCCAGUGUGAGGCAGGAAAAGUCAAGAACGCAGUUUCAGCAGUCACAUUCCCCCAGCCCAUUGCUUCACCCACUAUUUCCUCAACAGUUCAGCCUCUGUUAUCAGCAACGACACUAAGUGGACCUACAAAUCCUGGUAGUUCUCUCAGCUAUUCUGCACAACAAACUGCUGAUCCUUCUGAAGCAAAGCAGGAACUGAAAACUGUUUGUAUAAGAGAUUCACAGUCAAUUCUUGUUAGGACACGAGGUGGGAACACUGGAGUUGUAAAAGUACAGACCAACCCAGAUCAAAAUUCACCCAACAGUUUAUCUUCAAGUUCAGUUUUUACUUUUGCUCCUCAGCUUCAGGCAUUUCUGGUGCCAAAAUCAACAACUUCAUCGCCUUCUGCUUUUUCACCAGUUGCUGGAACAACUACUGCAUCUAGUCUCCCAUCUUUUGGCCAAACACCAACCUCUGUUUCCAUUCCAGCUGGUUUUAAUGCAUCCAUGGGGAAAAAUCUCAAACUUACAUUAGGCCAACCUUCCUGCAGUGGUAAUUUGGGCCACAUGAUAGAUAAAACAUCACACAUGCCCUCUUCCCCCUUGAAGUCCUCUGUUUCUUCUAGCGCUCUACCACCAUCAAAAGCAAAUGGUUCAGUAAGUGUAAUUAGCUUAUCAGCAGGAAAUUUUGGACAAACCAAUGCAAAUGUUACUCAUACCCCAGCUAAGCAGCAACAAGAAGGUUAUAUCACAAAAAGUUACCCUAUUACAAGAUCAGAAACAACAACAGCAGGUGGAGAUAUGCUCAGUGGGACUUCAGUCCAGAAACUUGUGCUGGUGUCAGCUGCACCUGCUCUUUCUCCUGGCAGUGGAACUGCAUUUAAUGUGACACCUGCACCAACAUCUACAGCUGUUUCUUCCCAGAAAUUGGUUUUUAUUAAUACUCCAAUUCUGAGUGGCACUUCAGCCCCAACUAUUGUGGCAGAACCAUUAAAACAAACUCUUCCUUCCCCCGUGAAUAAAACAUAUGUUAAGACUCCAGAGCAGCCCCAGAUAGUACUAAUUCCAUCUACAGUGGGAGCACCAGUAAAAAUAAAUUCAUCACCAACUGUGUCUCAGAUAAAAGAUGUAAAAAUUGGACUAAACAUAGGUCAAGCAAUUGUAAAUACUUCAGGCAGUAUGCCAGCUAUACCGUCAAUUAACAUACUGCAAAGUGUAACCCCAAAAGGAGAAGAAAAAAGUACCAAGGGCUAUGUUUUGCCAUUGCCAACAAAUGGUAAUUCAAUUCCAGUAAGCUCAAAUUUUGUGAGUCAAAAUAUUACUCCGGUUAAUGAAUCAGUGGUUUCUACAGCAAGAGCGGUAAACAUGUUUUCAGUAACAGGGGCAGAUGUAUCUUUGGGUUCUCUUUCAGUGACCUCAGCCUCUGCUUCAGCUGGGACACAACCUCCUAUUUUAGUCAGUGGAAAUGAUACCUCUUCAAGAAUUAUGCCUAUUUUGUCAAACAGACUUUGCACGUCAAGUCUUGGAAAUACUGUGGCUAUAUCAACUGUGAAAACAGGACAUCUUGCGUCAUCUGUUCUGAUUUCAACUACACAACCAGCAGUGUCUCCUAAAUGUUUAACAUCAGCUUUGCAAAUCCCUGUUACUGUUGCUUUGCCUACACCUGUGACUGUGUCCCCUAAAAUAGUCAACACAACUCCACAAGUGGCAGCAGUAACAGGAGCCACACGUUCUGUGUCUCUUUCUAAAAGACAAUCUCGGACUUCUGUCCAGUUUCAGUCACCAGGGACUUCAUCUACAGUGCCAACAAAUAUAAACACUAAUAAACCUCAAACUGAAUUGCCAUCCCUUUCAUCGAGUCCAGAUUCACUGGAAGUUGCACUUAUAGGACAGAGAGGUCCCAUGCAUGUAUCCUUUACCUAGUUUCCCAUGGUAUGAUUAUAUUGAGGUAUUGAUUCAUAGUGACUGAUUUUUCCAAAAUGUAUUUAAAAACAUGAAUUUUUGUUUAGAAAAAUAUCUUUGUAACUAUUAUCUUAUUUGGGAUACUAAUUGUAUACUCACCACAUUCUGUUUAUAAUGAUAUUGGUAAACCUUAUCACAUGGAGUUAUAGUCUGGGGUUCAAAAUGGUACGGAAGAGUAGGCCAAAAGACUUUCUUUGAAACUACAUUGAAAUUUAUUAUGCAAGUGGAGAGGGCAGUGAGGGUACUCCUAGAAAUACUAAAGGCUCUCGAAAACCUGUAUUUAUGCUCUGAGGUGGCACCUUUACCAAUCUUGUCUAUGCUGUCCUCUGUAGCCGUCCCCAAGUCCCUGUCAGUUUAGAAAAACUUGGAUUUCAGGGGGAAGAGGGUGAUGUUUGAAUUGCAUUGCAUUGUGCCCAGGUGGUGCUCAAUAAAUGAAUGUAUUUACACACUCAACUUUUAAAACAAACUAAGUCUGUUCCUCUUCUGUCUGAAAAGAAUUAUCUAAGCCACUUUAGAAACUAAUUUACUAAUUACCCCUGACCCAACUUUAAUCUGAGUGAAGGACCUAGAGUAAAUAUUUGCCACUAACUCUUUUCUAACUCCUAAAUCCAAAAUCCUAAUAAGAGCUUCCAAACUCUGUGUGAUCUGGUGAACCUUUUAGGGUGGAACCCUUAGGGUUUAAAAGGCUCUUCUGUCUGUUCCCACUUACCUCCGUAGCUUCACUUCAGGCUGUUCUCCCCAUUGAUCACUGUAUCUCGUUUUCUUAUAAUUCCCAGAAAGCUUUAGACACCUUAAGGUCUUCCCAGAUGUUCCCUUUGAUUUAAUAUUCCAUUAUAGAUUCUCAUAACAUAUUACAUAACUCCUUUUCCUUACCAUCCCCCAACUAGCAUCAUGGUAUUGCAGGCACAGAUAGAUUGAAAAGGACAUAGCUCUCCACACUGAACAGAUUGUUUGUAUGCAAUUAUUUAAUGUCUGUCACCUUUCUUAGAGACCUUGCCAGUCAUCUCCAUUGUCACCCCAGUAACUGGCACACUAGACAUUCAAUAUAUUUAUUAAAUAAGUGAGUGAGAAGUCUAGGCAGCUUGUUAAAUUGCUUAAGGUCUUCUUUACUUAUUAAAACUAAUACUCCAUUUUUUGCUAGCUACUAAACUAAAUUAAUGGAUUUAUAUAACCAAAAGCCAAAUUAUUUUUCCUUUGCCUUCAGUUUGGUAGGUUGUGGAUUUCUGGGAAUUUGGCAAAAGCAUACAAAGUCAAAUUGCUCAGUUUUUUAAUAUCAGUGUUAUCAUUAAGUAUUCUCUAAAUGUCAUCUAUAAAAACAUUCAUGUAAAGGAAGAAAAGUUACCGCAAUGCUACCUAGAGGCUUCAUUGUACUAGAAGGGUUUAUUUCCAUAUGUACUACAGAAUUGGGCCAUUGGGAUGUCUAUAUUCAGUAUAAUUUAAAAUGCUAAGUUAAAACAUGCUAAAAUAACAUAUCUCCUUCCGAUGUUAGUGAUUCUCUUUCAGUUCCUAUAAUUUUUCCAGGAAAAAAAAAAUCAGUUUUUCUUUGUGAUUAGGAAAAAAAUGCACAUAAAUAUUAAAUAUUAAGUGGUUGUUUAGAUCC